AUGGAUGAUGCUGAUCGCUCCGGAAAGCGUAAGCGUUCGGACUCGUCCGGGGAUGUAGCGACGCAAUUCGAUACGUCUCAGAACGAUGCGGCGUCCAAAGGAGAAGCGUUGCGCUCUGCCAUGGCAAAACUGGCAGAAACGCGGGCUGGUGGAACGUACGUACCUCCAGCUCGUCUCCGCGCUUUGAUGGAAGAGGUUGCACGCGCCGAUCCUGGGAGCAUUGAGUUUCAGAGAAUGAACUGGGAAGCAUUGCGCAAGAGCAUCACUGGUUUGGUGAACAAGGUUGCCGCUGAUAAUAUCAAGUACAUUGUGCCGGAGCUAUUCGCCGGAGCGAAUUUGAUUCGCGGACGUGGUCUUUUCUGUCGCUCGAUCAUGCAUGCCCAAGAAUUAUCGUUGCCGUUUACGCCAGUUUUUGCCGCGCUUGCUGCUAUCAUUAAUACCAAGCUCCCAUUUGUUGGUGAGCUGCUUGUGACUCGACUCGUGUCGCAAUUCCGACGCUCUUUUCGACGUAAUGACAAGCCCAAGUGUCAUGCAACACUACUAUUUCUCGCGCAUCUUGUGAAUCAGCGAGUCGUGCAUGAGUUACUGGCCCUCGAGAUCCUUGUGCUGCUUCUGGAGAACCCGACGGAUGACAGUGUGGAACUAGCUGUGGCGUUCAUGCGGGACGUGGGCGCAUUUCUAACAGAAGAAGCACCCAAAGCGUGCCACACGGUGUUUGACAGGUUCCGGGUUGUGCUGUACGAGGGCGAUAUUAGCGUGCGUGUACAGUACAUGGUGGAAGUCUUGGCUCAGACACGCAAAGAUAGAUUCCAGGACCAUCCACGCAUCCCGGAGGAACUUGAUUUAGUCGAGGAGGAGGAUCAGAUUACGCACCAGAUCAGUCUGGAUGACGAGCUGAAGGUCGAGGAGGGGCUAAACAUCUUCAAGGCUGAUCCUGAGUUUGAGGCAAAUGAAGAAAAGUAUCGACAAAUCAAAGCCGAGAUUCUUGGUGAGAAUAGUGAUGGCGAUGAAGAAGACGAGGAGGAAGAGGACGACGAGCCGGAGGGUGACGACGCGGCCGGGGACGAGGAAGAUGACGCUCAAACGCAGCUGGAAAUCCAGGAUCGGACUGAAACGAAUCUUGUGAAUCUUCGUCGCACGAUUUAUCUAGUGAUCAUGUCGUCGCUCGACUUUGAGGAAUGUGUUCACAAGCUCCUGAAGCUGCGAGUGCCUGAUCAUCAAGAAAUGGAGCUAUGCAAGAUGGUGAUUGAGUGCUGCUCGCAGGAACGAACAUACUCGAAGUUCUACGGACACAUUGGAGAGCGUCUUUGCAAGCUUCAUCGACAUUGGAGUGGUCUGUAUGAACAGAGCUUUCACACGUACUAUGACACGAUUCACCGCUACGAGACGAAUCGUCUUCGAAACAUUGCGCGGUUCUUCGGCGCACUACUUGCAACAGACAGUAUCAGUUGGGCAUGUUUUGAGGUGGUGCAUAUGACAGAGGAUGAAACCACGUCUUCAUCGCGCAUCUUUAUCAAAAUCUUGCUGAAUGAAAUGCAAUCUCUUCUUGGACUCAAAACAUUGGCUGAACGGUUCCGCGAGCCAUCCAUGCAGGAGUAUUAUCGGCACAUAUUCCCAAUGGACCAUCCUAGUGACACGCGGUUCUCGAUCAACUUUUUCACGAGUAUUGGCUUAGGCGUUGUUACGGAGACGAUGCGCGAGCGCCUCAAGAUAGCGACGCAGCUGAUGAUGGAGCGGCGAGAAGCCGAAUGGGCGCGACGUGCUGAGUCGGAAGGCAUGUCAUCUGACUCGGAUGGAUCAUAUUCACGGAGUUCCCGCAGUCGCUCAUAUUCCAGCUCGUAUUCGGGCUCGUAUACACCAAGCUCUCGUGGACGCUCAUAUUCACGGUCACUGAGCCCCCGAGGACGUUCUUAUUCACGGUCACCGAGUCCUCGAGGACACUCUUACUCGCAGUCACCACGUCCUCGGCGAUACUCGUACUCACGGUCGCCAAGCCCUCGAGGACGCUCAUACUCGCGUUCCCCAAGCCCUCGAGGUCGUUCCUAUACUCGCUCCCGCUCGUAUUCGCGCUCUCCCUCCUAUUCGCGCUCCCCGAGCCCGGAUCGUGCAGAAUUGCGUCGUCUCCGCGAUCCAUAUCGCGAUGAUCACCGCUAUCCUUCGUCUGCCCGCUCGCAAAGUCCACGAAGGACGACGGCAAUGGCGUCGUCCCGGUAUCGUGAUUAG